AUGGCCCCUGCAGGAACUUUGUGGACAACCCCGUACCAAGCUUUUGGAAAGGCGAUCAAGUCCGCUGCCGCCUUUGGUGGCGUCGAAAUCGCUCAGCCAGAGGCUUAUGAGCACUUCGUCGACAAUAAGAAGCCCGAAUUUCUCGUCAAGUUCCCUCAUGGCAAGAUCCCUGCUUGGGAAGGUGCUGACGGCUUCAAGCUCUUCGAGGGUGCCGCGAUCGCUCGUUACGUUGCUAGCCUCGCACCGAACUCUGGCCUCCUUGGUUCUUCGACAGAAGAUGCCGCUCUUGUUGAUCAGUGGGCUCAUCUCGCCGAAACUGAAGUCUUCAGCAACACCAACCAAGUUCGCGGUCUGUGCUUGGGCCUAUUCCCCUAUAACAAGCCGACUCACACCGGCCUACUCGAGCGCCAAGCCCGGGCCUUGAAGACCCUCGAAGCUCACAUCUCCUCGCGGACGUUCUUCGUUGGCGAACGCAUCACUCUUGCUGACCUCUGGGUCGCCGCUGUCGUCCAGCAUGGCGUCGCCAAUACUAUCGACGCUGCUGUUCGCGCCACAAUCCCCAACCUCAUCCGCCAUUUCGAGACUAUCGUCAACCAACCUAAGUUGAAGGAGGUCUUCGGUGAGACUACCUACAUCGAGAAGGGUAUCCAGUUCGUUCCUCCAGCUAAAGAGAAGAAGGAGCCCAAGCCUGCUGCUCCUGCCGCCCCUAAGGCGGAGAAGAAGCCCAAAGCUAAAGCCGCCGAUGAAGAGGAGGAGGAGCCUCUUGUCCCUGAAGAGCCUAAGGUGAAGAACCCCCUCGACGACCUCCCCAAGUCAACGUUCAACCUCGAAGACUGGAAACGCGCCUACUCUAACAAGGAUACCCGUGGUGCUGGAGGCUCGCUUGAGUGGUUCUACAAGAACGUCGACCUCGAGGGCUUCUCCGUGUGGCGCGUGGACUUCAAAUACAACGAAGAGCUCACGCAAACCUUCAUGUCCUCCAACCAAAUCGGCGGCUUCUUCAACCGUCUCGAGGCGUCGCGCAAAUACCUCUUCGGCUCCGUCGGCGUUCUCGGCACUUCCGGAGACUCGGUCAUUUCUGGUGCCCUCAUCCUCCGUGGCCAGGACGUGAAACCAGUCGUUGAUGUUGCCCCCGAUUGGGAGUCUUACGACUACAAAAAGCUAGAUGUGAAGGGCAACGAAGAGGACAAGGCCUUCUUCGAGGCAGCCCUCGCCUGGGACCUCGAGAUCAACGGCAAGAAGUGGGUUGAUGGCAAAAACUUCAAGUAA